AUGGGGGUGGGGUGCCGAGUGAACGACGAAUAAGGAGUGCGUUGAAUCUUAGCGCAGAGAGCUCGGGUCACUCUGAAACGCUGCAGCAACUUGGUUUCUCGUUUAUUAGAAGACUGGGAGCGAGAGAUGAGGGAGACACUUUCCGGACCUGAAUAACUCACUAUUAACAAGAGAGGGAAGUGUUAAGGAGAUCAGAACCAGCAAAAGUGAGAAAAAAAAUGGGGAAGAUGCCGAAACAACGAACCGGAGAUAGUCAUGAAGUGUUUUUUGGGUUAAGAAACCAAGGAGCCACUUGCUACCUGAACACAUUGCUUCAGACUCUCUACAUGACUCCUGAAGUGAAGGAGGCUAUCAUCAGCUACGUGGAAAAGACACAUGAAAAGAUCAAUAAGGAUACCAGCAUUUGCUACCAGCUUAAAGCACUGUUUUCACAGUUAGCAACUCAAACAGCAGAUACACAUGGGAUUACAAAGAACUUGGGCAUGAGUGGCGAUGAUGUAUUCAUACAACAGGAUAUAGAAGAAUAUUUCCGAAAGUUACUGAAUGAAGUUGCCACAGAAAGUGAAGGGUCUUGCAAAAUAUUGCAGAUCUACCGGAGUAAAGUGAUUAAUUCUCUGAAGUGUUUGAAAUGCAAGACUGAAACCCCAGAAGAGUGCAUUCUUUUGGAUAUCCCCUUGCCCAUUCGCUCAUUCAAUCAUUCCAUUCAUUUCAAGAGUGUGAUUGACUCGUUUGAAGAUUUCUUGAAAGUUACAACUUUGAGUGGAGACAAUUUGUGUUACUGUGAAACCUGUGAUGAGAAAGCAGAGACUGAGACAAGAUACUACUUUGAAAGUCUGCCAAAGAUACUGGCUGUGCAGCUGAAAAGAUUUGAGUUUGACUAUUUCAAGAUGUGCUUCACAAAGCUGGAUGACAAGGUAGAGAUUCCACAGAAGUUAACAUUUCAGAAGAAGAUUAUAAACAAUGAUAAAACAGAGUGGAGUCUGAUCUCUGUGGAAUCCAAAGAAGCAGCAAAGACGCAUCUAACAUACCUGGAGCCACUGCCAUCGAAAAUACCCAGAAAUGAAGAAUAUGAAGAAAGCCAGAAACCAGCCAAAGAUGAGAGCCAGAAGCAUAACACUACAUAUGAGCUGUUUGCCAUCUGUGAUCAUUCUGGAGGAUAUGGCAGUGGCCAUUAUGUUGCACACAUUAAACCAAUUUAUUCCUGUAAUUGGUACCGUUUUGAUGAUACAAAAGUCAAUGAGAUACAAGGCCCCAUUUCUCGAACAGACUGUGGUGGUGUAGGCAGCCCAUCGAGCAUGCCUUACAGAAGUUCACCUACAGCAUACAUGUUAAUGUACAGGAAGGAGGAAGUAAGCACCUAUCAAGGAGAGAAUGAAGAUGAAGAAAAACAAUCAAACGAACCAAUGUCAAUCAGAAAUGAAAAUGGAAGCCUUGAAUUGGAGGGAAUGGGAGAUGGUGCAGAGUAUCACCAUUGUGAGCAAAGCAAUCAACCUCCCAAUGGAAUUAUAGAAGAUCUUCCAGAAAAUAAUGCAACAGUAGCUAUAGAGAGAAACACAACAAUGGAGAAAAUAGAGAAAAGAAAUUGUGAAAUGAAGGAAAAUGAAAGACAGACACAAGAAACAGAAGUGAAAGAAGAUACACAGACUAUAAAAGAAAAGAGUACUGAAGCAGAUGACACGGUUACACCUGGGGAAAUGCAAAGAACGCAAGGAGAGCAGUGUCAGAUAGGUAGGAAAGAAAAUAUUACGAGAGAGGGCCCUGUGGGACAGCUAAAGGACAGUGAGAGGAAAACAGAAACAAUAAAGGAAACGAUAAAGGAAAAUGGGGGUGAACAUUUAAAUGAAGAGUUCAUGGAAAGCAAUGCAGAUGAAAAGAAUAUUAAAGGGGAAAAUGGAACAGAAGGAAAAAUAUGUGUUAAAGUAGAAGGGAUGAAAGAUGAAACGAUAGUACAGGAAGGAAAAGAUAUAAUAGGUCAAAAUAAAACUGAGUUAGAACAAGAGGAACAGAAAGAAAUGGUACAAAUCAGCGAAAAUGAGGAAUCACAUCAACACCAGGGUUGUAAGGAGCCAAUAGAUAUGGAACAAAAUAAUUAUCCUUCAGCAAGAGAAGAGAAGCCAUUUAUAAGUGAAAAAGCGUGCCAAGAGGAAGAGAGAGUUUUGUUAGUGGAAAUAAAGAAAGGGGAAGGAGUGCAAGAAGAAAUAUCUGGGAAAAUGACAGCAAGGAGGCAGAGUGAACCAGAAACAACAGAGACAGAAAAUGAAACAGCAGAAGAGUGUGUGGAGAAAGUUGUUUAAUUUUAAGAAAGGACCAAAAGAAAAGUCAAAGAGAGCAUAUUUUACCUGUUUUGGAAAGGGAGGUGAAAACUAAAGAGAGUAUCCGACUGAAAAAUCAAAGUGUUAAAAAUAUAAAAGGUGUAUUUUCAGUCUACUUAAAAUGAUUUUUUAAAAUCACCAUUAACUUCAUUUUACAUCGAUUUACAUACAAAUUCAGAAAAACAUGAUUUUCAAUUGAUCUGAAUGAAUUAUUUUCUUUUUAAAUUUUUAAGACAGACCAGCACCAAUAAUUCUCUUGAGUUAUUCAGGCUCAUCUGGCAGAAUAUGUCAUUUUCACAGAGAAUUGCCAAUGUGAUUUUUUUAAAAAAAAUCUUUGGUAAGCUUUUGCUUUUAUUCUGCAUGUUUUUGCUUGCCAACCCUUAGUAGAUUGAAUUUGUGCUGCUAGCAAUGAAUAUUUAACAUCACAGUGUGGAUCUUAUGAAAAAAUAUGAUCACUUUACUGUGAAUCGCCGAUGUCAUUAGCAGCUAGAACCCUACAAUAAAAUAACAUUACUUUUACUUGACAGGAAUGCAUUAGAAAUGAUUGUGAGCUACGAUAUUCACCACACUCUGAAAUAGAAGUAGUUUAUACUUGCGCGCAAGGUGACCUAUGUUGAAGAUAGGUUGAAGACAGGUUGAAGCCAAAUUGCAUUCAUCUUAGUGUGGGAGAGAGACCCAUCAUUGAUAUAUGUUGAAUUAGAGUCCCCAGCAUGUGACAGGACAACCAGUCAAUGGCAGGGGGAUGAAGGCACGGUGGUGGGUGUGGGCCAUGGUGGAGGUUAAAAGAUCCCUUUGCAGAAUUUUAUCCAGUUUCAAAAAUUGGACAAAAAUGAAUUAAUGAUGUUGUUUGAGGUGAGCUGGUAGAAAUUUUUUUUUAAUUUAUUUAAGAAACUGAGUAAAAAAAUUGGAUGACAAAAGAAUGUUAUUUAUAUAUUAAAGCAACUUUUCUAAAAUGGUA